AUGAGAUCUCCAAGACAUCCAGAGAGGUACCUUAUAAAGAGAAUUGUUGGCCUGGAAGGUGAUAUUGUGAAAAUUCCAGAAAACACAAAAAUCAACAAACGAUGGGAUAAUCCAGAGGGGAUAGUGAAUUACACAAAAAGGACAAUACAGAUCCCACAAGGUCACUGCUGGGUGGAGGGGGAUAAUGCAAGGAUGAGUGAAGAUAGCAACAAGUUUGGACCAAUCUCAUUAGGAUUGAUCAUCGCCAAAGCAACACACGUGGUAUGGCCGCCUCAUCGCAGGAAACGUUUGGAGUCCAUCGAGGCACCACCAGAACGAGUCAUCAAAGAAUUUCAACGACUGAAUAUAUAAGGACCUCUGUGUUUUUAAAA